GUUCCACCACGCUCCUCCUCCUCUUCCUCCUCCCCACACGCUCCACUCGCUUCUCUGCAGCAACUUGCUUGCUCUGCUCCUCCUCCUCCCUCGCAUCGCACCCCGAGCAGCCGACAGAAGAGAAGCGGAGAGGGUUUUCCGGUUCGUUUUUCGAAUUCUCGAUCCGGCCGGCGGAGGGUGCCCGAUCGGAUGCGGGGAGCCGAGGCCGCCGCUCGAUCUGGGUUUUGAAGUGGACGAGGAACUAUUAAUAUGGUGAGAAUUGAUUGAUAUUUGAGCACCUAGUUCGUCGUCAGGGUUGUAAGCAUCAUGGAGGGGGCAGUUGCUAGCAAUUUGGAGCUUGAUUCUGCUGUCUUCCAAGUAUCCUCAGCCCAGAACAGAUACGAGGCAAUUGCUUGCAGUAAAGGGAAUACAGAAUUGAUUGCAUCUGGUCCUUUUGAUCAAUUAGUCCUGCACUUGGAGGAUGCUAGGAAGUUCCAAUCUUGUUCAGCAACUGGCACUUUUAAACUGUCGUUGUCUGGGAAUGCAAAAGGAUCUUCCUGGUUCACAAAAUCCACCAUAGCACGGUUCCUGAAUAUCGUGAAUUCAUCAGAUGCCUCAAAAUCGGUGAAUGGAAUUUUACAUGAAAUCUCACAACUGGAGGAAACUAGAAAGUUCCAUCAAUCUCUCUGUUCUAAGGAUCAACAAAAUCCUAUGGGUGGUGCUUUAUCAGGAGGUGUUUUUGGCACGAUUGGCAUAGAACAACAGGGAACUGCUGGCCCAAAUUCCUCUGAAGCCACAAAGAAUGAAUUGCUUCGAGCACUGGAUUUGAGGUUGACUGUAUUGAAAGAGGAGAUCUUCGUCAUGUUGAAUAGAGCAGUCGUCUCCAAUAUGUCGACUACAGAUAUCUCUGAUUUAUCCGCAUUUGUUCAGCACUUUGGUGCAUCUGAGUUCAGCUGGUUGAUGCGAUGCCUACUGUUGAUCCCGGACUGCAAACACUCUGAGCUCUCCCAACAGGAGGCUUCCACUGCUGAAAAAAAUGACAAGAGAGACAAUGCACUUCUUACUCGUAAUAUCAGCUCUCAGACCAUUAUCCAGAGGCCUAUCACCAACAAUGUCUCCCCAGCAAAGCUUGCUCAAAUUGAGCGUGAAAGCUCAACAGAAAGUGAUGAUUCGUCUGAAUCAAGCGAUGCAGACAAGGCCGUUGUCGAAAGAAGCCGACCACUCAUGAGGUCUGCUUCACCUAGGAGAUCUGCUUCUCCAAUGCGAAGGGUUCAAAUUGGUAGAUCAGGAUCUCGUAGGUCCACAGCGAUUGCCAUCAAGAGUCUCAGCUAUUUCCCCCCUUGCCAAAGAAUUCCUUUGGAUAAAGAUGAUGAAAGUGGCAGUUGCAACGGUGAAACUGACCAACCUCCAAGGAAAUCCGACAAUAAUGUAAGAAGGAUGAGUGUGCAGGAUGCAAUAAACCUCUUUGAAAGCAAGCAGAAGGAUCAGAAUCCAGAUUCACAAAAUAAGAAGGCUGGCUUGUUUGCGACAAAGUCUGUAUUAAGAAGGUGGAGUGCAGGAAUGGGUGAUUCUUUGAACAAUAAGUCAGAAGAGAAAACUUUAGAUUCAACAUACCAAAGUAAAUCCAGCAAUACAGUAUCUGAUACAGAGAAGGAUGGAACUGAAACAAAGGCAGUGCCAGGUUCAGCAUAUAGCGCUGUUGUUACACCUGACGCUGGAGGUUUCCACACUGAUGGUCAAGGUGUCGCAGUGCCAGAAACCGAGACAGCGGUGUCAUCCCACACUGAAAUUCUUGUUGAUCAGACAAAGUCUGGGCAAGAGGAAAAUAGUGAUCGGGCAAUGGCCUCUGCUGAGUGGAAUCGCCAGAAGGAAGCUGAGCUUAAUCAGAUGUUAAUGAAAAUGAUGCAGGUCAUGCCUGGAAAGUUUUCGAAUGCUAACAUCACCGCUACUGGGAUCAAUUCCACAAAUGAGCAGAAAGUUGGACUCCAUGGCCAGCAUAGAGAGAAGCGAGACCCGAAAGUUCGAGCUGAGAAAAGUGGAAGACGGCCAGCAAAGGAGGUGAGCAGGCCCUUGAAGGAAACAGUUGGGCAGAAGAAGGCAGCAAUUACCCCCGAAACAGGCACUGCAACGGAGAAACGCAAUUCACCAGUUCCACAGAGGGCACGGAGAAAUUCAUCACCUCUGGUCCUACCCAAAGAACUGACCCCAAAAGUGCCUGCCAAAAAGAGCUCGCCCAAGCCAUCACCUUCACCUGCACCUGCACCUGUGACCCGUAGUUCAUGGUCAGGUGGGUCUUUGACUAAAGCAACUACUGCACAGAAAACUAAAAGUUCUCCUGGUACAGUUUCAACAUCGACACCAACCAGCCGGAGAAGAACUCCAGUAGUGCCCUCGCCUUCUCAACCAACUUCAAAGGUGGAAAGAAGUGCUCAACUGGUGAAGAACAAAAAAGAAACUGUAACUGCCUCGAAGCCAGCAAUUAAGGGGAAUGAAGAAAAGAAGACAAAGACAGCAACAAAGACAAGCAGAGUACCUAAAAGUUCGCCUGUUUCAGAUGAUAAAUCAAGUGCAACAACAAAGCCAAGCUUGUAUAACAAGGUUGCAAAGAAAAGCAGUGUUGUACCACUAGAAUCAAAACCAUUAAAGAAAUCCACUGGGAUCAGUCAAACUACUGGUUCUGGUGCUGUGAAGAGUAAGGCGCCACAACUUGAUGACUCUCCCAAUGACAUUGAAAAUGUUACCCAAGCUGAAGAUAAGGAGCAAUCUACUGUGACAAUCCAGCCAAAAACUACUAAGGUAUUGGAGGCUGAUCUUGCUCAACCAGCACAUGAUGUUGAUGAAAAUUUAGAAAUUUCGCUCGAUAAUGACUUAAAUAUUGAAAAAACAGAAAAUUCGCCCCCAAGUUUAGCUACAACAGAAAUGGACUCCAGUGACCUGGUUGAGCCCAACACUGAGGUUCAACCUCCUCCUGAUGAGGACAUGGGCAUCUCAUCAGCUGCCUGGGUAGAGGUAGAGCAUGAAGAAGUUACUGAUGUGGGUGAAAAUGUAGUGCCUGAGGAUGUCACCUCACCAUCAAUUGAGCCAUUGCCAUCUUCAAGCCCUAGAAUCCGUCACUCAUUGUCACAAAUGCUGCAAGCAGAUAGCAAUGAGCCGGAAAUUAUUGAGUGGGGAAAUGCUGAAAACCCACCUGCAAUAGUUUUUCAUAAAGAUUCUCCAAAGGGAUUAAAGAGGCUUCUAAAGUUUGCGCGUAAAAAUAAAGGCGACAACAACAGUAAUGGUUGGGCAAGCCCAUCAGUUGUUUCUGAAGGAGAAGAUGAACUUGAAGAACCACGAGGUGGUAAUGAAGGUGUAAAUUCGAGCAGGAGAACUUUUGAUGGCUCCAAGACUAACAGCAUCUUAUCAGCUCAAACAACCACCGGCAGCUUCAACUCUACGAGCUCAGACAGGCUUCGGGAUAGGACUGGAGCUGCCCCGUCAACUAAAUCAUCGAGGUCGUUCUUCUCCCUCUCAAACUUCAGGAGCAGCAGAUCAAACGAGUCGAAGCUCAGAUAGCACACCAUGUUCUCCCGGAGAUACAUGGAUAGUCGAUCCCUUCCAGUUUGGAGGUCUACUGAUGUAAAAAAAAAGAGGGAGAAUGGUUUGAGAUUGAGAUUGAUUGUUCGGACGGAGCCAGCUUCUUUUGUUUUGGUUCUGGUUUUCUGCUAUUUGAUAUAGCCUCUGCGUCUAAUGUCUCUACCUCUCACUUUCUUGUACAUGUUUUCAUUUUCCAGCAGUUGCAAUUCCAACAGUUGGUGCAACUGCGAUCUAAUAGAAAGUUCAUUGCGUGGGUCCGAGGGGA